AGCGUCAUCUUCUCGUCUGACUCAGGCGUGGGACCAGUUUGCAAGAUGCCAGUCCACUACAACAAUCCUACUGAUUCCAAGCAGCCUGUGGGGUCAAAGUCAAACCACCAUUAUACGUGAAAGACGCGGUGCAUACAAUGCAUAGAGAUCAUCACCACCGUCCGCUCUGCCAUCUCCUGGAAAAUCAACGGCUUGACACGCUGCCUGUGACAUCAACUCAUAUCACAAUUUGUCUUCGGUUCUAAGGUACACAGCCUGCCCGCCGGUGCUGAAACGCGGAAAUCAUUAUACUCCAGUUUGGUUUCCGGGAAAAUGUUAAAUGGAUUUUUCUUAGAGGCUAAGCAUUCUUCUUUGUUUUAAAGGGGGAGGGGGGUCCUGCCAAGUGAUAGAAAAGCGCCAUUAAUAAAAUUAUACAGAGUCUUGUCUCCUUCUUCCUGCGAAUUGCAGUACUGAAAAUGUCUCUCACCCUUAAAAUUCAGAAAGAACUUACCCACCCAUCAGCAAGAGUGAAAUCUCUGGAUGUGCAUCCAUCAGAGCCAUGGAUUCUAGCAAGUCUGCACUCAGGAAAUAUAUUCAUCUGGAAUUACCAGUCACAGGCCAUGGUGAACUCUCUUGAGGUUGCUCAGCGACCUGUUCGGUCAGCGAAAUUCAUAACGAGCCAACAGUGGAUUGUCACGGGAGCCGAUGACGGGCGAAUUAGAAUAUACAAUUACAACACCAUGGACAAGGUUAAAGAAUUCGAAGCGCAUACAGAUUUCAUUAGGUGCAUGGUUGUCCACCCUACCCUUUCAUACCUUCUGUCAUCGUCCGAUGACAAACUCAUCAAGCUCUGGGAUUGGGAGAAGGAUUGGGCGUGCACUCAAGUCUUCGAGGGACAUCACCAUUACGUGAUGCAAGUGGCGUUCGAUCCAAAAGACACCGAAACCUUUGCAAGUGCGUCGCUCGAUGGCACAGUUAAGCUAUGGAAGCUUAGCUCUCCCACCCUAAGUGGCACAUUGGAAGGCCAUUCCAAAGGCGUCAACUGCGUUGAGUUCUUCACGGAUGAGGGUAAACCAUGUCUGAUAAGUGGUUCGGAUGAUUAUACUGCUAAGGUGUGGGAUUGUGAAACUAAAAUUUGUGUCAAGACACUGGAAGGACACACAAACAAUGUGACUGCUGUUUGUGUUCAUCCCGAACUUCCCAUACUAAUAACAACAUCUGAGGAUGAAACGGUUCGCGUGUGGCACGCGACCACUUACGAGCUUGUCAACACAUUGAGCUAUGGUCUGCGUAGAGCCUGGGCUAUUGGGUGCAUUAAAGAUUCACAUCGGGUUGUUCUUGGGUAUGAUGAAGGAACCAUUGUGAUAAAAGUAAAGGCUGAUCUGUGAAGCUCCAAGCUGGGAUGGAAAACUAGAAUGAAGUAAUGAAAUAAAUUCGCCGAUGUUGGUUCCUACUACUGCCCUCCUCUGAAUGCUCUCUGCAAAAGGGGAGGAAGACUAGAAGAGAUAAAUAUGGUUCGGUGAAUGAGAAGAUUAUUAUCAGCCUAUAUAUUUUACUGCUUUGGUUUUCCUUCAAGCUAGGUCUUUAUGUAUAUGUUUUAUGGUGUGUUCUGCAGCUGCUUCCCCUAUGGAAUGUUGAGUAUUGAAUAUUUAAGUUUGUUUAACAAUUAUUUAGAUUAGACAUCUGAAUAUGAAUCCUUUUAAAAUGUUAGUUCUUA